ACAACCCUUCAACCUUCAACAUUCAACCUUCAUCCCCUCUUUCUCUAUUACUACUAGGAGUUUAUAUGUAUAUAUAUAUAUAUACAUAUAUGUAAACAACCAAAAACCUAACCUACUCUAGCUUAAUUGUCUGCUCUCAUAAUUCUUCUUUUAUCAGGAUUUAAGCUCAAAUUCAACAUCCUCCUCAAUGGAUCCACAAAUUCAGCCAACUGAUGAUGAACCACAGGCACCUACGCCUACGAUUGUAUGCGAGUUUUGCUUUAAACAAUUCACCAACGGUAAGGCCUACGGCGGCCACAAGAGAAUCCACCUCCAACCUCUUAUCAGUAAACAAGAAGGUCCGCAGAUUGAGGACCAAUCUAAUCCUCAACAUCAACCUAGCUACCAUGCCAUGAAUGAUGUGACUGAAACCAAACAAAUUAGGUGUUCCUUGUGUUUCAGAUUUUUCAAGUCUUGGAAGAGUCUUUUCGGGCAUAUGAGAGCUCAUCCAGAGAGAUAUUGGAGGGGAAUCAAUCCGCCCCCAUCAUUCACAAAUAUCAACAAUUACAAUUCUUCUUCAUCUACUCUUUCUGAGGAGGAGGAUGAUGAUGAUGAUGAUCAAGAUCUGGUUGAUGACUCUUCUGUUACCCCACCAAAAACAUCUCUUGUCAACUUGACCGAGUCACUUGGCAGGAGCUGGUUAACUUGUGCCAGGAGAGGCCGAAAAAGACUGGUGGCUGAGGAUAUGAAAUCUGCUGUUGAUGAUCUUUUGCGGCUUGCUCAAGACCAUCACAGUAAUGAUCAAGUUGAAAUCUCACAACCAUGGAUGGUUAGAAAAUUGGAGGAGGAGGAGGUCAAGAUACCUACUGGCGAAGCAGCAGAGUCUUCUGAAGAUUCAAUGGCUGUUACUGGUGCGCACAAGAGGAAAAACCGAAAAUUGACCGAUUUGGUGUUUGAUCAUGAGGACCACAAUCACCUAUGCAUCACCUGUAACAAGUCGUUUCCUUCAUACCAAGCUCUGGGAGGUCACAUGGCGAGUCACAACAAAGUCAAGUCCAUGAAGAUAGAUCAGGAAGAAGCUGCUGCCACAUCAACAUCAACCCCAGGACGUGGUCAAAAGCUGAAUUUUGAAGAUGCAGCUGAGCAUCAGUGCAACAUAUGUGGAGUGAGCUUCCCAACGGGACAAGCUCUUGGAGGGCACAAGCGACGCCACUGGUGGACCAGCCCAGCUAGAGCACCAGCUUCUUCCUCCUCGGGAGAAAUCACUACUAAUACUCGUUUGAUGCUUGAUUUCGACCUUAAUGAGCUUCCUUCUGAUGGAUUAGAUAGUUGAUCACUUAGUGAGUUAGCCUGUUUCACAAAUUGUUUAUUUACUUUAUGGUACUUAUUAGCUCUGGAAUAUUUAGAAUCAUCUGAUUCUCAAGUUUUAUGGUUUAGUCUGCAGUUGUCCUUUAUA